ACUGAGCCCACCAUGCCGAACGGCGUCCGUCCAGGUCAAGUCCACUCCUCCGGUCCUCACGUACCUUCCGGUGCAUUUUUUAUGAACAUUGGACCUGAUCUACAAAUCCGUGGUGACGACUUCCGCGUCUUCUCAAGUUCAGAGGCAUCAUUCUAUUAUUGCAGCCGGAGUAGGAGCACCAGCAGCGCCGGCGGCAGCCUUCGUCUCCCAACCUCAAAUUCAUCAUACAUAUCAAUUCAACACAUGGAAAUAAUGAAUCCGCAAGAUUUCAUAGAGUGCACCAUCGGGACUAAAGAUGAGUACACUCAGUUCAUCAUGAGGCUGCGUGAAGCACUUCCACCCCGCGCGAAUGGUUUGGUGUGCGAGGACAUCUUGGAGGAACGCCGAGGUGCUUACCCAGUGCUCAGGAGACAAAGUGCUAUAGUACCCAGGCGGUGGCUUCGCAUCAAGUUGCAGGUGGAGGAGGGACAGCAAACGUUCACAACAACUCUGGCCGUCCAGGAGGACAACGUGUACUGCAAGGGCUUCAUGAACCAGCAUGGAGUCUGGUACGAGCUUAACAGGGACGACCUCCCACGAACAUGGGGGCGCGUCGAGUUGCUGCAAGGUUGGGACGUUGACUACAGUAAAAUACUGGGGGUCAACAACCGGGAACAAGUCGAGGCUAUACUGGGGACGACGUUGCUGGGCAAGAACUUCGCGGAAAAGGCAGUGGGCAGGCUCUCGCGCUACCCAGUUCUGGAUAAUAAUGAUGAGAACCAAGUCAGGUUAGCACUUGCGGGCCUGAUCGUCAUGAUCUGCGAGUCCGCCAGGAUGAAUCCUCCCCUCUACACAUUUGUAGGUGGCUGGGACAGGGGGACGGGUCUCACAAGCCUGCUGGCGGGUUACAUGUGGAAUUGGAGAAACAUGUCACACGGUCUCCUGCAGUGGAGGACGGAUGGCUACCGAGUUUGGAACAACCAAAAUGGGAUCCAGAGUGCAGGCCAUGCAUUAGCGCCCAUUCACCUUGUGCUCAACUACAGCAUGAGAAGGCCUAAUAAAAAAAGCCAGAAGGGCGGUUCUAGGCAGCAACACAGUAAAAAUGACAAGCAAGGCGAAUUUAAAGGCCCGAGCAGCAAAUCCAGGGACGCUCCUGGCCCUAGCCAACCCAGCAGUAAAUACAACAAGAUGAAGGCUACACAAGCCCAGGGCCCUAGCCAAUCCAUGGAGGAUGACAACUCCCAAGGUCGUGCUGCCGCUGGCCAACCGGGGGAGGACGAUGACAACCCCCAGGGCCCUGCCGCUGGCCAACCCGGGGAGGACGAUGACAACUCCCAGGGCCCUGCUGCUGGCCAACCGAGGGAGGGCCAUGACAACCCCCAGGGCCCUGCCGCUGGCCAACCGGGGGAGGAGGAGGAUGACAACUCCCAGGGCCAUGAACAACCUGAUGAGGAGGAGGAUAACAGCUCCCAUGAUGAUGACCUUGGCGAAACAUCGGAGGAUGACAGCACCCAGGGGUGUGGCCGACCCCGGGUGGAGAUUUUCGCCGUGCGUGCCAAUUUCCAUGUCGCAGACAUGACCAUCACGGUCUUCGACGGGAUACGAGGCCAGAUCAUCUACAUGCAAAAUGAGCAUGGCGAACAGAAGAGCAGUUUGGCUGUUCUUCAGCAGCCCGAGGCAUUAUCGGAGGAAAUGAACGAUUUGGUGCUGACCGGACCCUGCCGAGGCAUCUCGGCGUAUGGUAACUUCGCCAUCCAAGUUGUCAUGGCAGCUGCCACAGGCGGCGCUGGUGAUCCCAUCACAUGGGAAUGGGACUGCUACAACCCGGAGUACGCCGAUGAAAUUGACGCCCCCGAGCCCGUGACCCGCACCAUGAGUUUAGAUGACUCCGGGCGCAAGAUAGAGGUCACCUACUUGGUGAUGUCCGAUGCCGUCGAGGCCAAGGUGGAGGUCAAGCUGCGCCUCGAAGACGACCCUAAGAUGGCCUACUACUUGCCUAAUGAAGAUGCCGGAGAUUUUGAGGAAAUAAAGGAGUACCGAGGCCUCAAUUACACCGCUCACGGUAUAAUAACCGUGCGCGUCAGUGGCUUCGAAGAACACCCAAUCGUGCUCUUCAGAAAUGAGGAUCCUAUUCCCUUCGACUUCAAUCAAAUCAUCCUUCCGCUGGCGCGAUCCUCUGUUCAGGUACCUCAUGGUAAGCGGCUGCGGCUCCACGUUGACAUGUUUGACCUUCAUAUUACUGAAAGAUCCAGCAACCGAGAUGUGAGGAAACCUGAUGGCCUCAGCUUCGGCUUUGGGCAUUUCAGUCCAACUCCGGAAAUCAGUAACAAUGACAGUGAAGUUGAAGUGAACGUCAGCUGGCCGGCGCUACCAAGAAAGACGAUCGAAAUAGAACCUCACGUAGUGUGCAUCAAUAUUGGGCGUAAAGAAGAGUUAGCUAAAUCCAUUCACAACCUACGUCGCGUCCUCGCCGUCCACAAACUCUCCGACGAGUCCAACCCAUUAGUAGUGCUCAGCAGGGUUUGGUCGCGUGAAGGGAUAGUGCUCGCCAGGCCGAGUGCUAAACAGCCACCUCGGUGUAUCCAUAUGAAGCUGCAAGUGGUGGCGGGCGACGAAACGUCGACGACGACGACCCUAGCCAUCCGGGAUGACAAGUGUUAUGGAAUGGGAUUCGUUAACAAGAGCGGAGUUUGGUACGAUCUUGGCAACCGGCGCGGCGACAGGGCACUCCCAGCACAAUACAACUCCGUGCUCCUAGACUGGGGCGUCUCCUACAAAGACAUACUGGACGUCAGCGACUGGGAUGAAGUCGAGCAUGAGCUGAGCUCCGCGAGGCUGGGCAAGGACUUCGCGAUGAAGGCCGUGCGCACGCUGUCGCGCUACCCAGAUGUAGAGGAGGAUAACCCCAGGCUAGCACUGGCAGGCUUACUUAUCAUGGUCUGCGAGUCCGCAAAGCUGAAUACUGUCCAGAAACACUUUGUGGGUUGCUGGGACACCGGUAUGAUGGCAUUCCCCCAUCAACUAAUGUGGUGCAUCAGGAAUUGGGGUCGCAUGUCACGCGCUCUGCUGCGCUGGAAGGAUAACAUAGGGCAAGACGAUUUAUUUCAGCUGUUGGAAUCUGGAAUCAACAAUCACCCGCUGGAUGCAUUACUUGACCUUGGCCUCGUGUUUAAUUCCUGCCCUCCUGGACAUGGCCGUGAAGCGGCUCGUGUUGCUGCUGCGGCUCCACUUGCAAAGAGGUACGGACAAGUCGAAGAGAACCCUCAAGGCAGUCCUUCUUCAACCAAAAUCCAGACAGCCGACGAAGGUUCGCACGAAGAACAGGUGUAAUCUUCGUAUUUCAGAAGUGGAGAGAACCGAGGAGGCUACCUGUGAGACGCUUGUUGUCAAGGUGUAAAAUAAAGAGCAAAAAUGGUCGCCUUUGUCAUGAAAAACUGUUGCGAAUCACUUUGUCAAUCUUCUCCUAAAAUUAAGAAAAAAAAUCACUUUGUCAA